UUGAAUAAUGUGCUGUGUAUCGGAUCCUUCCCGGACCCUCGUGUAACUGAUUGCACGUACUUGCUAGAUCCUUUCAUGUCACUCAAAUCAAACCUUUUUUUUUCCCGUUCGAUUACCGCCAUUAACCUAGUUUGUAGUUUCUAGAACUGUGCGUUCUAUGGACUACUGAAAAGGUGGGAGUGAGUUAGUAGUGAGGACACUGUAUUGACACAGACUUAGUAUGUGUGUAUGAUUUGCUGCUGUCAGAGAUAGUUUGGUACCAAUACUUCAGUCCUAGUUGCAAAUGUCAGGUGAAGCACCAGGAGAGACAAGCCCAAGAUACUCUGUCAACAAUGUAGCAACUUGGCAUCUAGAAAAGUCAAUUCAUGUAGACCUUAAGGAAGAAAUGGAGUCCAAUUCACCAGGAUCUAACGUCACAGUGCUGUCUGAUGAAUCAUCUAGAACACCCAGGCUCGUCUUCCUUGUGAUAUUGUUCAUCACCGCCUUUCUCUGGAGUCUGCUUAUCAUAAUCGCAUUCGUGCAGAACCUAAAGCUUCGCACUGUUCAGAACAUCCUUAUUGCCAACGUGUGCGCGCUCUGCAUCGCCGACUGUGUGGUUAACAUGUCCGUGGUUUUUGGUGCUCUUGUCAAGGAUGGGUGGAUAUACGGUGAUCUCAUGUGCAAGAUCAACAAUUUUUUCAUGCAGCUGGUGACGGGCGAGGUUCUGCUUCUUCUGACGAUGAUGACCGUUCAUCGUUAUUUCACGCUUUGGUUGCCUAUAAGAUAUGAAGCUUGGAUGUCCUCGCGCCGAGUGUACGCUCUCAUCGUUUAUUUGUGGUUGCACUGUUUAUCUUUUACUCUGCCACUUUUAACUGAAGCCGCAGAGGCGAAAUUCCGAUCUAGGUUACAUCUGUGUACACUGGCAAGUAGAUCCUCCACAGGCUUCAUCUACUCUAUGCUGUCAUUUUGUUAUCUGGCGCCAAUCGUAGUCUGUAUUGUCUUUCACGUCAUGAACUUGAAGCUCUCGCGGCAACUUACUUCGUCGGUUGUGUCCGAAACUGCUAAAGAAAGUUACUCAAGGAUUAUCAAAGACAAUCCUUCAUCACCUCAAGUUGAGAGAUCGUCCAACUACUCUGUAUAUGUCAGUAUUACGUGGCUCGUCCUAGAGAUGCCUUUUGUUAUUACGUCCUACAUAAAAUGUUACGUAGACACUUCGGAUGUAACGGAACACACUUACCCAUGGCAGAUGGAUGCCACUUUUAUUUGGAUGAGAUUUUCAUUCUCUUCAGUGUUUCCCUUUGUCACUUUACUUUGUUGCAAGGAACUGUGGCAGAACGUUAAAGAAUGGGUUCUGUGCAGAAAGAAUAAUGCGAUAUUUUCAUCAGACGAUACCUCGACUAUUUAUGUGCAGAAUGACAUUUCUCACCAUUCCUUGGACAAGGUAUCGUCACCGAAAUAUUACAAUGGGAGUGAUAAAGACAAGUCGCCCAAUCCGUUUAAUGUCCCUGUACUUUUCGCUACAUCUACUGGCAUCUAUAUCGCGGACUCGAAUUAUAGCACCGAGAAGGAUAGUCAGUGCUUGACAUCAACAAGCGAUAUGCUGGAGUUGAAAGGGAAAACUCUUGACAUUAUUUACUCCGAUUAUGAAUACACCAACGAAUUAUUCGAUGACACGAGUGAUUACGAUUCCAGCUGCGAGAUCGAUCCUUAUUCCACAUCACAGCCAGUAUCGACAAAGAAGCACCAAGAGCAGUUUCAGCGAACACGAUCCUUGUCAGAACCUGAGGUGAAUGUUAGGAUGUCUACGGACAGAAAACAAAGAACGUGUCUUUCGGGCACAUCCGGCGCGGAUUCUGGACUUGAUUUAAGUCAGGCUGCUGGCUCUAGUAGCGCGACGAGCAAAUCCUCCAGAUAUUCAUGCGAGAUGUUUGCAGAGAGGCCUCGUGCUUGUGAUUCCAGUCAAGAAAGAAGUCAGCAUGACGAUGGCGAAUCUACACACAAAAGUUAAGCCAAAUAUUUUAAUAGAGAAAGUCUUAUUGUUACCCGCUUAGUCCAGUUAGUGAUAUUAGUAAGUCUAUAAACAAGGGGAUCAUUGUGGACAUAUUGUGAUACACCAAGAGAAUCUUGACUUAUCCACAGGUUUAAAGGAUAAACACUCGACUAAAUGUAUGCUGCAAUUAAUAUUGUUUCAAUAUGUUCAUGAAGCCUAAAAUAUAUUUAUACCUAGGCCUAUCAAUGUUUAAUAUUUUGCCUAAUAAAUUAUGGACUAAUAGACCUAAAAGUGAAUGCUUUUCUUAAUAAGGGCCUAGUGUUGUUUCAGUAACAGAAUGCGUUCUCCUUUUAUCCCAAAUUUACCAUAAGUAGCUGCCUACAAAAAUGACAACAAAAUUCUGUGGAAAGGUUUUAGUAAAAUAUGCGACUUUUUAGACGGGCUUUCAUCCUCUUUUUUUUUUUUUUUUUACAAGCAUUGUUCAUUAUGUAUUAUUUGUACACGAGUUAAUAGGCUACAGUAAAUGCAUUGUUAUAAGUUUAUACAGCACUUACUUUGACAUGAAGAGCGUUCAUUGUUGGUUAAUGAAUAAUAAAUAUCAGAUAAUAUAAAGCAAUGUAGCCUAAGUAUAGCCCGUUUACUGUUACAAAGAGAAGAUCUAGAUUUAAACAUAAUUACAAUUGACAAUAGCCCUAUUCAAUUCGUCAUUUCGUAUUAAGGGAAAAUAAAGGGCACUAAUGCCCCACCACUCUUGUUUUGGCUAUAGGCCUUUA